AUGCAGACUUCUGGCAAGAUAAUUACAUGCCAAGCAGCUAUUGCCUGGACAGAAAAUUCUCCCCUUUCAGUUGAGAAGGUACAAGUUGACCCACCAAAGGCUGGGGAAGUUCGAAUUAAGAUAACAUCUUCAGGAAUCUGUGGUUCUGAUAGUCAUGUACUAAAAGGAGAACUUUUGAUUAAAUUUCCUUUAAUCCCAGGCCAUGAAGGAGCUGGGAUUGUGGAGAGUAUUGGUGAAGGAGUGACCUCUGUUAAACCAGGAGAUAAAGUCCUCACACUCAUCCUUCCACAGUGUGGAGAAUGCAAUUUCUGCUUGCAUCCCUGUGGCAACUUCUGUCUGAAGCAAGAUGUUCUACCUUCUUCUGGAUUAAUGUUGGAUGGGACCAGCAGAUUUACCUGUAAAGGAAAAACGAUUUAUCACUCUUUCCGCACAAGCACAUUCACUGAAUAUACAGUUGUGCCUGAGAUUGCAGUGGUAAAAAUUGAUGAUGCUUCUCCUAUGGAUAAAGUUUGUGUCAUAAGCUGUGAAGUGCCUACAGGUUAUGGGGCUGCUGUUCAUUCAACCAAGGUCACCCCUGGUUCCACUUGUGUGAUCUAUGGACUUGGGGGAAUUGGCUCAGCCAUUGUCCUGGGAUGCAAGGCUUCUGGUGCUUCUAGGAUCAUUGGCGUUGACAUCAAUGAGGAAAAAUUUCCCAGGGCAAAAGCCUUAGGAGUUACUGAUUGUCUCAAUCCUCAGAAGCUCAAGAAGCCAGUCCAGGAGGUGGUGGUAGAAAUGACAGGCUUUGGUGUUGACUUUGCCUUUGAGGCUGUUGGAAAAAUGGAAACCAUGGCAGCUGCUUGGGAUUCCUGUAACAUGAGCUACGGUGUCUGUACAAUCCUUGGGUUGGCUCCAUCCAAUUCUAAGCUUUCCCUUGAUGCACAGAUGAUUCUUUCUGGACGAACACUGAAGGGUGUAAGUUUAGGAGGUUAUAAAACCAAAGAUUGUAUUCCCCAAAUAGUAACUGAUUAUCUGCAAAAUAAAAUUAACAUAGAUCCAUUAAUUACCCAUAAACUGCCUUUUAAUCAAAUCCACAAAGCUAUGGACUUGUACUAUUCUGGAAAAACCAUCCGCUGUGUUCUGCUUUUCUGA